AUGAAUAGCGAAACCUACGACAGAAGUGAAUUUUGUUUCACCAUUGUAGCUACAACUGCUUGUGAUAUGGAUGCUGUAAAAUGUGAAGUAACUCCAUCUGUUUUCUGGCAACCUCAACUUAACCUUGCUCUCCAAAUAGACACGAUAGUAAUUACUACAAGUACGUCGGCAGGCUUAGAUCAGAUUUUACCAUGGAUGUUUUAUCACAAGGUUAUUGGAGUUUCCACCUUUUUUCUUUUUGUGGAAGGAAAGGCUGCGUCUCCUGAAGUAUCCAAAGUUCUGGAGUCUAUACCUGGAGUAAAAUUGAUAUACAGAACAAAGGAGCUCGAGGAGCAACAAGCUAGAAGUCAGAUUUGGAAUGAGACAUGGCUGUCAAGUUUCUUUUACAAACCAUGCAAUUAUGAGCUAUUUGUGAAGCAAUCUCUCAAUAUGGAGAUGGCUAUUGUUAUGGCAAGGGAUGCUGGAAUGGACUGGAUUAUUCAUCUUGAUACUGAUGAGUUACUACACCCAGCUGGUGCCAAGGAGUAUUCUUUGAGGCAGUUGCUGCUUGAUGUGCCUGGGAAUGUGGAUAUGGUUAUUUUUUCGAACUAUGAGAGCAGUGUUGAACGAGAUGAUAUUAAGGAACCUUUUACCGAGGUAUCCAUGUUCAAGAAGAAUUACGAUCAGCUGUUUCAUUUUGGUAUGGAUAAGUUCCUAUCAGCCAAUAUUUUCUUAUCAGGUUUAUGUUUUGUCAAUGGCUGA